AUGGCCUCCACCCUUAAACACCCCACCGCUUCGAUCUAUACAUCCACCAUCCCUGUGAAUGUGCAACAAGCUCUUUCUUCCCCUGAGUGGCUUCAAGCAAUGAAAGAAGAAUAUCAAGCCUUGUUUAGCAAUGAUACUUGGGAACUUGUUCCACGUGAGCCUCAUAUGAACACAGUUGCAAACAAAUGGAUCUUUCGAAUCAAAUACAAUGCCAACGGGUCCCUUCAACGCCACAAAGCCCGCCUUGUCCCCAAGGGUUUUCAACAACAACCCGGCAUCGAUUUUUUUGAGACCUUCAGUCCCGUUGUCAAACCUUAA